GAAUCCAGAAACGAAACUGUCCUGAAUGAGGAAAUACAGAACAACAGCAGCAGUUCUACCUGGAUCCCUCAUUUGGUGUGGAAAAGAAACUCAGUGCUGUUGAAUAACAUACGUGUUAUAAAUAGAAAGUCUGAAGAGGAUAACAGAAGAGUGUAUGGUAGGGGACACUUUCUACGUGCUGCUGUUGACUUCACUCUUCAUUCUAAGAAAGUGAAAGUUAACAUAUCUGGUCAAAGGCUAUUGUGUGUGAGAGAAAAUGGCUGCUAAAUUGUCUCUCCCAGAGGAGGAUCUCUGCUGUCCUGUGUGCUGUGACAUCUUCAAGGAUCCUGUUAUCCUGUCAUGUAGCCACAGCUACUGUAAUGAAUGCCUACAGGAAUAUUGGAGACAAAGAGAAGUGAAUGAAUGUCCCGUAUGCAGGAAAAGAUUCAGCUCAGGAGCAGCUCACCGUAACCUGGCUCUGAGGAACCUGUGUGAAGCCUUCUUACAGGAGAGAAGUCAGAAAGAGGAGGGUGGCGCUUCAGCAGGGUCUGAGGUGGUCUGCAGUCUGCACGGUGAGAAACUCAAGCUCUUCUGUCUAGAGGAUAAACAGCCUGCAUGUGUGGUGUGUCAGACUUCUAGAAAACACGCAAACCAUAAGUUCUGUCCCGUGGAUGAGGCUGCACAGGACUACAAGAAGGAACUCAAGUCUGUGCUGAAGGUCUUACAGGAGAAGCUGAAGGUCUUUGAUGCAGUGAAACUAACUUGCGAUAAAACAGAACAGCACAUCAGAAGCCAGGCCCAGCACACAGAAAAACAGAUUUUGGAGGAAUUUAAAGCGCUUCACUUGUUCUUAAGAGAUGAACGGGUAGUCAGGAUUGCUGCACUGAAGGAGGAAGAGGAGAGGAAGAGUCGGCUGAUGAAGAGGAAAAUUGAAGAGAUGAGCAGGGAGAUAUCAUCCCUUUCAGACACAAUCAGAGACAUAGAGGUGGAACUGAGAGGGGAAGAUAUCGUGUUUAUACAGAGUUACCAGGCUAUAAAGGAAAGAGCCCUGGAGUGCACACCAACGGAUCCAGAGAGGGUUUCAGGAGCUCUGAUAGACGUGGCCAAAUACCUGGGCAACCUGAAGUUCAGAGUCUGGGAGAAGAUGCAGGAGAUUGUUCAGUUCACUCCUGUUAUUCUCGACCCCAACACUGUUCACCCCCAUCUCAUCCUGUCUAGCAACCUGAUUAGUUUGAGACAUAGUACGGAGACACCACAGCUUCCUGACAACCCAGAGAGAUUUGAUAAGUACCGAUCGGUUCUGGGUUCUGAAGGCUUUAACUCAGGGACACACAGCUGGGACGUUGAGGUUGGGGACAGUAUGUUAUGGUCUGUUGGUGUGGUCACAGAGUGGAAGGGGGCCACUUCCUCAACGAGAGGACACUGGCGUGUAGAUAAUAACAAAGGAGUAUUUAAAGCUCGCUCCUCAUCGAAUCAAAGCGUCCCUCUCUCAAAUAGACUGAGACCCCAGAGGAUCAGAGUGCAGCUGGACUGGGAAAGAGGAAAGCUGUCAUUCUCUGACCCUGUUAAUAACACCCACCUACACACGUUUACACACACUUUCACCAAGAUACUUUUUCCCUGCUUUUGUAGUAAGCAUCUGAGGAUUUUACCAGAGAAAGUCUCUGUUGUAGUGGAACAGCAUAGUUAGAGCUGAUAUCACCUCUGUCUGUAACAGUGGAACAGCAAAAUGACGUGUCAUUCCACGAUAUAGAGUGCCUUUUGGGUAGUGUAAUUUUGUCAAAAAUAACGUAUUUAUUUCACCUAAUUAUAACAUUCUGUCAUAAAGAUCACAUGUUUAAUAAAAAAAUCUGUUUUACCAA